AUGCCUUCAUCCUUCCAGCAUACUGGAGGAUCUGGUUUCUCAUAUCCCAUGCAGAUGACUUCCUCCUUUCAGCAUACGGGAGGAUCCAGUAGUACACCUCCGACACAGGCUGGACGAUCUCCUAGUCCACGCCCCACACAGGCUGGACGAUCUCCCCGUCCACGUCCGACACAGGCUGGACGAUCUCCUAGUCCACGCCCCACACAGGUUGGAGGCUCACGCACCCCACAUCCCACACAUGUACCAGCCCGUGAGGUUGAUGAGGCAGUUGAUGAGAUAGACGGAGCUGAUCUUCGUGGGAGGGAUGAUCCUGAUGAGAUUCAUGUCGUUGACGGUAGAUUUUGGAUUCAUCCCGAAGGAAGCAAUUUUACUCCGAGUCGGACUGCUGCAAGGAUUGUUAACUAUAUAGUUCAGCAGAUGUAUAAAUCAGCUUUUAAGAGCUAUGGGGACGUCGAUAAUAAAGAUGAAUGGUUUAGAAUGUUUAAGGAGAAAUGCGUGUGGGAUCCAUUGAGUGAAAAAACCGUUCAGAAAGUUUUCAACACCAGAUGCUCUAAAAGAAUGCUAAGCAGUUGGGGAGAAGACCAUUGA